AUGAGUAAAAGACGACGACAUCCUAGUGGAGCUAGACGACGUAAACCUGGGGUUGGAAGACAAAGAGGUGGUAUUGCACCUCUCUUAGCCCUAGCUGUUCCUGCUUUAGUGGCAGCAGGGAAAGCGGCAGCUCUAGGUGGAGUGAGUGCUGCAGCUAGUUAUGGUACUAAAAAAGUCCUUGAUAUAGCAAGACGUAAGGCUAUGACACGUAAGCGACGUGUAAAACGUAAGCACCGUUAGUAUAAAAAUAAACGCACACGUUCAGUGCGUUAAACAACAAGAUGACAGGACGUAUGUCACGUCAAGCUGCUUUUUUAAAAAGUGUAUUGAAUGAAGCCAAGUUACAUAAACGCGAACAACAAUUACGACAUGCGAAUACAGAUCAAAUCAAUGCAGUGAGUGAAUUAGUCAUGAAUACAAUCCGUGGCGCGGUCCCUCAAGGAAGACAAACAUUAAGGAGACUCAAACCUUAUGCUAAAGAACUCCGUGUCAUAGCCAGCCCUCGGCAAAGUAUAAAAAGGCGACGUGGAUUGAUGAUGCAUCAAUUAGGAGGAAGUGUUUGGCAAGAAUUACGACGUUGUUAUCAUUGUGGUCAAAAACAGUAUCGUUACUAACAUGAUGAGGAGACAAGUACUGCUCGAUCAAUUGCUUUGUAUAGUGCAAGGUAUUUUGUCUGCAACUGAGAUGUUGAAAGAGAUUCAACAAAAACUGAAACAAAAAUUUCCCACCCUGUUUCAACGACGACCUUAAAACGUAUAAGUAGCAGAUCAUGAUCCAUAGGGUCAUCAUUUUUCGAAAAUGGAGGGAAUAAGCAGUACACCCGUAGAAGAUUCUGUGAAAUUUUUACGUUUGCGUGAUCAGUACAAAUCCAAACUCUUGGAUGACAGUCGUUUAACCAAAGCAGCCGAUUUAGCCGCUCAACAACAUAUACUCUUUGAAAGUAAAGCGCCUGAUACAUGGAAAGAGCCACGAUUGAAAGCGGUAGGACGACAAUUACGGCAAUGGACCAAAAAAGUACGACAACUAGGAGGAACACGAGCGAUUGGGAGUGGAGAAGAUUUUGAGGACGCGUCAGAUGAGGAGGAUAAUUUAGCUGUAGGUCCUGUGCAUCAAUUGAUUAGCAAGAUAGCCAAGAUAAGCCAAAAAGGAAUAAAAAGACCAGCAACUCCAAAGAACCCUGACAUAAAACAGUCACCUAUUACACCUGACAUA